CUCAACACACAACCUACAAAGACUUGCACUGUAUGCUGAGGGAGAGCCAAGGAAAAUAUGUUUAUUCCGGGGGCGCUCUCUCGCCAGAAGAGGGCAUUCCGAUUCUUCCUGACAAAGUUGCCGUGAUACAUGCAGACGUGAUGUUAACUACUCAAACGCUUACACUUAUGCGCUUCUGGAAUUGAGGAGAGAAUAGGGGUGAAAGGGGGAAUGCUCAUCCUGCAUGAUUUUGGUUUGCUUACCGAGUAAAACUACCACAGACCCUUCGAAUUCUCCUGUGAUCAGGGUAAGCUUCUUUCGGGGGGAAUGUGAAUUCUCUGUCAGUCUUACUAUAAACAUUUUGACUCGCUUUUUACUGGGGAGAUCUGCUGAUAUUCAUACAGCCUCUUGGGGAAAUCGUUGUUUUUGCAUCAUGCCAUAAUGGAUGGAUGGAGGGUGAUGAGAACGUUUCGACUGGAAUCUUUAAACUUUGCUAUCACGCUUAUUUUGGAUUGUGAUAUAUGACUUGGAUGUGGCAUCGUUUCUCAGACGCGCUGUUAAUAUUGGACACCACGAUUUUACGCGGGAAUUAUGUGCAUGGAUAUGGUAGAAAACUAGAUCGGGAGACAUGUUCCAUGGUGAAACUACAUGCUUGACACACGGAUACCCCUCUGACUCGCUUAUAUUCCGGGGGCAGCGACGGGCAGGUGCGCGUUGGAAUCGGCGGCUGCGCGAAGCGACUGGGGUCCUGGACUAGAACCGUACCGUCUGAUGAGAGCGCGUGUCAUGCGGACUCAGCUGUCGCGCGCUGUAAGGCUUUAAAACCUGUGGACAGGAGCUGACAGAUAAGCUGAUAUGUCCUCUGCCAUGCGGCGCCGCUGGCUUAUGGUGCCUCUGCUCAUGCAGGUGUGGCUGGCAGCAUCUCCGUCCCUCAGCGAGCGUCCAUGCCCCAAGAGCUGUCGCUGCGAUGGGAAAAUUGUCUACUGUGAGUCCAGCGGUUUUCGCGAUGUGCCCAAGAACCUGUCAGGGGGCUGCCAAGGCCUGUCAUUACGCUACAACAGUCUGGUCAGUCUCAGAGCUGGACAGUUUGUGGGCCUCAACCAGCUCAUCUGGCUCUACUUAGACCACAACUACAUUGCCUCUGUAGACGUACUGGCCUUCCAAGGCGUCCGAAGGCUCAAGGAGCUGAUCCUGAGCUCAAACAAGAUCACAAUGCUCCACAAUACCACUUUCCACCCUGUACCCAACCUCCGCAACCUGGACCUGUCUUACAACAAACUGGCGUCUCUGCAGCCGGGCCAGUUCCAGGGCCUCCGCAAGCUCCUCAGCCUGCACAUGCGCUCCAACUCCUUGAAAAGCAUUCCUGUGCGUCUGUUCCAGGACUGCAGAAACCUGGAGUUCCUGGACCUGGGCUACAACCGCCUGCGCAGCAUCACACGCAACGCCUUCUCAGGCCUGCUGAAGCUGACCGAGCUGCACCUGGAGCACAACCAGUUCUCCAAGAUCAACUUCUCCCACUUCCCACGCCUCUACAACCUGCGGGCGCUAUACCUGCAGUGGAACCGCAUCCGCUCCAUGAGCCAGGGACUCACCUGGACCUGGACCUCCCUGCAGAAGCUGGACCUGUCUGGCAAUGAUCUGCAAGAGGUGGAUGCUACGGUCUACCAAUGCCUGCCCAACCUUCAAACACUCAAUAUGGAUUCCAACAAGCUGACCAACGUGUCCCAGGACACCGUGUCUGCCUGGAUCUCUCUGACCACCAUCAGCCUGGCGGGGAACGUGUGGGACUGUGGCCCUGUGGUCUGCCCACUGGUGGUCUGGCUGAGGAACUUCAAGGGGAACAAGGAGAACAACAUGAUCUGCGCUGCCCCCAAGGAAGCGCAGGGAGAGAAGGUCAUGGAUGCUGUUGACACCCACAGUGUGUGUCGGGAUAACGCAAUCACACCGCUCACGGCCAGCGCCCCACCCACACCAUCUAAUGACCCAGACCAGACAGAGCGCCGCCCAGUCUACCCCACACCACCCACGCAAGGUGGGAAGAGGGGGGAUGGAUCCAGAGGAGGCCCUACGUCUCCAGCUGUUACCUCGGUCGUGGCGCCACCACCUGAACAGUUUGAGCCUGUGUCCUUUCACAAGAUAGUGGCGGGGAGCGUUGCCCUGUUCUUGUCUGUGGUGAUGAUCCUGUUGGUGAUCUACGUUUCGUGGAAGCGCUAUCCUAGCAGUGUCAAGCAGCUGCAGGAGCACUCGGCCGCAGCUCGCAAGCGCCGGAAAAAAGCCAGAGAGACGGAGCGCACGCUGAGUUCCCCACUGCAGGAGUACUAUGUGGACUACAAGCCCACCAAUUCGGAGGCCAUGGACGUGCUUGUCAAUGGGACUGGCUCCUGCACCUACACCAUCUCAGGCUCCAGGGAAUGCGAGGCCCCGCACCAGAUGGGCGCCCUAACAUACUACCGGUAUGAGCAGCCUAUCGUGGACUACUGCCAAGCCCAUCAGCCCCUGCGGCUCAACAUGGGCUACGAGGGCCCCCCGCAGGGCUUGGAGGAGCUGGGGCCACGCGAGAGGGCCACCAUACAGACUGUAGCGCUGCCCACUGUGCCCUCUGCCACCAUGGGGGUGAGGGCCAGGCCCCGCUCACCGCCCUCUAUCCUCAGAGUCCCGUCCGAGGGCACCGGUGGUCCCUUCCCUCCCCCAGAGCGCACCACCACGCUCACCUUUGGACGCUAACAGCUGGAGCGAGAGGCUGUCAUUUGAGGCAGGGUGGGGAUGCCACAGAUCCACCAUGACUCUUGAAUAGAGGGCAAUGGAGCAGAGUGGUUCUUUGGGGCCUUUUUUAGCACAUUGGCAUGGGAAGCCACAAGGGGGCGGAGGUGAGGAGAAGAAAACAAAAAAUAUAUAAAUUUACAUGGCUAGAUGCCUUUGGCAUCUGGCACCCGGAAUGUGACCAUUAUGAAGGCUGAUGCAUCCUGGGAGUUCUGCUAUCAUCUCUCUUUAUAUUUUCAAACACUUCAAAGUGGCCCUCCUGCUCUCCUCCUCCUGGCUCUUGGGAAACUUGAAACGUGAUGCAACAUGCAUGACACGUUAACAUUAACAUCGCUUUGGUUACAGCUCUGGCCCAUACAGCGACAACAUUGUCGGGUGCCUGCACCAGGGAAUGGAUAAUGACAGUUCUUUCACGCUGUGUUUGGAGUGAAAAAGGAAUGUGCAAUAAACAAGGUUUCUGGAGGAAAAUGAAAUGAGGGAGAUAUAAAGAAAGAGAAACAUCAUGAUACAAAAUCAUGUUAACCAGAGCUCAAAGGCUUGCUGUUAUUCCCAUUAAAAUUGCCAGUCAGCGGUCAUAAUGCUAUCUAAUGGGAAUCAUUAUUUCAUUAAAAUGAGCUAAUUUUUUCUAAACAGGAGAAUGACGUGGCGAGGGAAAAGAAGUAGAGCAUUGUAUGAUUUCCAUGGAGGUCACAGUCUCAUACUAAGUUCUAUUCAUGUGCUCAUGUCAUACCAAAGAUGUGUUAUUUUAGAUGUACAUACUAGCAUUUGUUUUCUUUAUACUUUUUGUUUCUGAAAACAUCCAAACUGGUACACAUUAAAUACACGCUUUAGAUGGUUUACUUUUUAUAAAUGUACGUCUGCCACCUGUAUACAGAUAUGUACAACCAAACCACAUGAUAUCGUCUACGCAGGCUGCCGAGGCCUGUGUCUGUAAAUGGUUGAGGAGUCUACUCAGUUGGCCAAGUUGUCAUUACAAAAAGAUCAUUUGAUGUAGUCCAAUCUAUAGGAAAAAUAUAGGAAGCAUGUGUAAUGGCUUGUCAAGAUUUGGCAGCUGGCUGGAAUUGGCCCACCAUGUAUUAUACUCUCUAUGAUCUGGGGAAUUCAUGGGUUGAUAUCUAUCUCAUUAAAUUCCUUUAAAUGGAAUAGCUGGAAGUGAAGUAUUAGGGCAGAAUGAAGCUCUUUAAAAUGCCAAUGCUUUGCGAUGCUCAGUUUGAUCAAAUUGGGAAAAGCAGUUAACAAGGAUGUCUGCAGGACCUUCUAGUGACGUCAACUGAAGGUCGAAUCUCUUACCACCUGUAAAGGCCUAGCAAGCCAUUUUACAUAUUUGAUUUUUCAAAGCAAUGCUUAAUUUUCUUGUAACUGUUUGUGAGGUGACCGUUAGGUUGGUAUUCUGGUGGGUUGGUGAUGUACUGCUCCUGUGCUGCCCACUACUCCCUCAGAGACAGUGCAGACACAGAGCCCAGUGCCUCAUGGGGGCUUGUUGGACUGGCUGACACGUUGAUGUUCCUUCGACCUCCAGAUGAACUCACUGACUGUGGUGGACUGCCACUGGGGAUGGAUAUUGCCUGUUAACAACACAGCCAUUUGCCAGCCAGUGUGCCUGACAGUGUUCGGACUCUAACCAGAUGAAUGUGGACACUCUCUCUGUCACCCAUGGCCACUAUUGGACAUCCUUAACCAUUGAUUGAUGGAGUUGAUGAUGGACUUGAACAUUUGUUGUGGUUGCUUUCAACCGGCAUCCCCCACCCUCCUUACUCCCCAUGUCCAAAUAACAACAUGCUAUGGUCAUUUUUGUAUCUGUCUGGAUAAUUGUCUGUGGUCAUCACUGGCCUGCCACAGGAGAAGGUAAGGGCCGGGAUAUGGAUGAGAGAGGGAGGGGGGUAUGCUUUUGUGAUGUUUCUUGACCUGGGAGCAAAAGUGACACUUUUUGAGAUGAUCAAAGAUGUCAAGAAAUUCUAUAAAAUACUCAAUCAAAAGGACAAAAUCCAUCUGGACUUAUGUGUCUUGUAAAUAUAGAAAAAAGUUACAUAUUUCGCUUCUUCUGAAACACAAACUGCUUGUGGCCAGAAGAGGAGCCUUAUCCACAAACCAGUGUGAGGAAGGGAGUCUGUCCUGAAGAUGGCUUUAGGAGGGAGGUGAUGAUUCCCACCAUUUGCUCUGCUCUCCUUGUUUUAAUGAUGAAUAUGUUUCUAACUGCUCCCACAUCCCUCCAUCACAUCCCUCCAUCAUGUCCCUCCACCACGUCCCUCCACCACGUCACCAUUCUUGCAGAGAUAGUCUAUCACUGAGGUUAUUACUCAUUUCUGAUGGUCACACUCCCUACCAGAACCACACAUGACAGGGACAUUGGAAGCCCUAACAUAAGGAUUUGAAGUGUCAAUCAUUUGUAGUGUCUGGCCUGUAGUAGAGUAUUUUUCAUAGCAAGCUUCAAAUAAGCCGCUGUUACUAUUAUUAAUACUUCAUUCUCACCCCCGUUUUCUUUGUUACAUUCAUUCUUUCGACACAAGUUAUUUUGAAAAGUUUUUUGUUGUGCCAUGAUAUCUUUUUUUUCAUUUAAUAAUUGACCUCAAGGUUUUCUCAGAUAUGCCCCACAUAUUACAUAAAAACUGUCGGUUUACUCAAAAUGGUUUCUGACUGCAGUGCUGGUUUGAGUUUAAAUUGUAAUAAAUGUUGAGCAAAUGUCUUUACAAAUGGCACAUCUCACUCUCAGUUCUAUCAACGUCUUGCCUUACUCUUUAUACCUACCCUGCCCCCUGCCAUCAACCUGGCCUGGAUCUCAUAACUCCCCUGCCAUCUCCCUUUCGUGGAUCUCUUAACUCCCCUGCCCCCUGCCAUCUCCCUUUCCUAGAUGUCUUAACUCCCCUGCCCUCUGCCAUCUCCCUGGCCUGAAUCUGAUACCUCCCCUGCCCCCUGCCAUCUCCCUGGCCUGAAUCUGAUACCUCCCUGCCCCCUGCCAUCUCCCUGGCCUGGAUCUGAUACCUUCCCUGCUCCCUGCCAUCUCCCUGGCCUGAAUCUGAUACCUCCCUGCCCCCUGCCAUCUCCCUGGCCUGAAUCUGAUACCUCCCUGCCCCCUGCCAUCUCCCUGGCCUAAAUCUGAUACCUCCCUUCCCCCUGCCAUCUCCCUGGCCUGAAUCUGAUACCUCCCUGCCCCCUGCCAUCUCCCUGGCCUGAAUCUGAUACGUCCCUUCCCCCUGCCAUCUCCCUGGCCUGAAUCUGAUACCUCCCUGCCCCCUGCCAUCUCCCUGGCCUGAAUCUGAUACCUCCCUUCCCCCUGCCAUCUCCCUGGCCUGAAUCUGAUACCUCCCUGCCCCCUGCCAUCUCCCUGGCCUGAAUCUGAUACGUCCCUUCCCCCUGCCAUCUCCCUGGCCUGAAUCUGAUACCUCCCUGCCCCCUGCCAUCUCCCUGGCCUGAAUCUCAUGUCUUUCUUUGGUGACUUUGGUGAACCUGUUUUAUAACAUUCUAAUUAUUUCCCGCAUGCUGAAUAUUAGGGAAACCACAUCCUGAUAUGAGGGUGUGCACUGAACUAGAAACAGAAAGCAUGGAUAAUCUUUCCUGUUUGACAUGCCCUCGAACCACAAAGACAUGUUUUCACACACAUACACACACACACACACACACACACACACACACACACACACACACACACACACACACACACACACACACACACACACACACACACACACACACACACACACACACACACACACACACACACACACACACACACACACUGGUCACUUUGGUUUCUCUCAAGCAAGCUGUUCACUGAGCCCUCCAUAGCCAUUCCUCUCCAGAGUAGAUUGCUCUAGCACAAUGGGCCCUCCAUUAUCCAUGCAGUCUGUAUGCAUAUUGCAGAGAGAGAGGCUUUUGUUGGAUGAGGUUAUACCCCAGAGAGAGGCUUUCCUCUUCUAUCCUGGUAAUACGUUUCUAGACCAGUCUUCAUUAUUUAGUUUUCUUCAUUAAUAUGUUUCCUUGAGCAGUAAUCUCUUAACAGCAGUCCAACAAUGGUCAAAGCGAUUUCACCCCAAUAUGUAAUUGGAAGGUGAAAUUAACACAUUGUGAUCACAAUUAAAUUAGUGGCUAAUAAGUAACCGGUUUACCAUUAUCUACAUCCAUGAUCAGCACUCAUAAGGCCAUUGGAAUUAAAGGACCCUGCUGUCUUGCAUUAACCAGUCUUUUGGCCCAUUUUUCUUAUGCCGUACUGUACGGGGGCUUUCAGCACCGGGACUGAACUGCAGGAACAUCUGUGCUAGCCCAGCAAUGCCGACAGGCUUUGUUUUUUCCUCUGCUUUAUUUCUUUUGGGUUCUGUUUUCCCCUCUACCCCCACCCUCCGAGUCUGGGCUCAAAUCCCUGCUGGGAAUAGAUUUUGCUGAAGGGGGGCUGAAUGAAGGUCUGAAGUGUUGCAGGGAAGCCUUUCAUAUUUCCUUGUUUAUGCUCAGAGGAAUGGCUAAAUGCAAAUCGCUAGGGGGAAUGGGGAGGGGGGAAGAACAGAAAUUAAGGAAAGGGGUAAGAACAAGGGAAUUGUACUGUAUUUGGUUAAAACAAUGGUUACGCGUCCCAUGCACACCAGGGGAUGCUAUCCUAACACCUUGCUACACAUCUACAGUAAACAUGUAGGAGGCGGCACACAGUCACCUGCCUAUCUCCUAAAUCCUUCCACACCUUGGCUGUGUGCAGUCUUAUCACGCCUGGUGCACAUGGCUGAGGAUGCAGUGAGCGGUCUCAUCAUUGUACUCUGCAACUUCCCCACAGGGCCUAACAUCUGCUGCUGAUGUGCCAUGGCUUUUGUUGCCCAGGCUCUGUCACUGCUGGUGCACACCAAGUUUGUGGUGUCUUAAACCUGGCCCUUAUAUCUCACCAUGGCUCUGGGCUCUGCAGCACCUCAGCCUCCCUGCCAUCAACACAAAGCAUCCCCCAUCCAGUUCACCUGAGGCCAACCACAGAGCUUCAAUGGCUUCUAAGUGAUCAAUAGAUUUGAAAAAUGUAUUCCCAGCCAGAUGUGCUUUUGGGUCGUCUUUUCUAGUCCCUCCCAUCCAUCUCUGAGUCCAACAAUGGGGUGUUAUACAGUUACAGUAGAGGGCCUCUAUAGGGCCCAGAGCAUGUGGAGACCUGAGGCAUACAGGACAGUAGGAGGAGCUCUUACAUCCCUGUAAUUCCCCUGAAUCAAUGUCCCAUUACGGAUGUUCAGGCCAGUCUUUUUACCUCCCCAUUGAUUGCUAUUGUUCCAUGCUGUUACAUAUUAGCUGUAAGUCUUUAACCUUAAUCCCUAUUGUCUUGACCCUGGUUUGUAACCAUUGCUUAUGCCAAAGGGCAGAGUAAAAUCUAAGAAUAACCAUUAACCUCUGUCAGAGAAACAGGCGAUAUUUUGGUCUGACAAAGCAUGUUUACACCCCUAAUUGGAUUUCUGUUAACAGAAAACAAGGAACACUACUUUCAUAUAGACUACAUUUUACUGCCACAGUCAAUGUAGAGAUGUGAACGUAUAGUAAAACUGACAGAAAACAAUAUUAUCAUAUUAUUUUUCUCCUUGCAACUCCAAGCUUCUCCACACUUUCCCAUCCCACCAAUAUCCUCUUAUUCCUUCCAUGAUAUUUCCAUGGGAAUUCCUGCUUUUCCCUCUCAUCCAUCUCCUAAGGAGGGCAUUGAUUUCUGUGGGAUGUAAAUAUGCGCUGCAUUGUUUUCUUCUGUAGUUGGUUUGUUGUUGUUUUGGUUUUUAUAUUUUAUUUUUAUGUACUCAGACCUAAAGCGGUUUUGUGGAGACCUGGUCCAAACGCAAAAUAUGGCUCUUUCGUUGAGUAUAUUAUUGUCAGAAAAUGUUUUGUAAAAAUUUUGAUGACGAAAUCUAAAAUAAAUACAUUUAAAGAUUAAAA